AAAGAAAUGCUGCAUAUUUUAACAACGUUAAUGCUGUUUGGCACAGGUUUUCUCACAUUUUUGUGUCCAGUGUUCAGUAUAGAGGUUCUGCCAGGAGAAAAUGUUGCUAUAUGGUGUGAACACACUAUUGAUGCUUAUGCAGACUUGUGCUGGUUCAAGCAAGCAUCUUAUGCUGUACCAAUAAAAAUUGUGUGCAUGAAGUACACUUAUAGUUUUCAAAGGGCUGAGGCAAAAUAUUUCUCCAAUUUCACAAUAAAUCAGAUGAUCAUGCAUCUGUACCGUAAAUCCACCUCUUUAACAAUAGUGGAUGUGAAAGUUUCUGAUUCUGGCUUAUACUUUUGUGGAGCUGCUGAAUAUCAAAUUCAAUUCGGCAAUGGAACCAGACUUGAUGUGAAAGAUAAGAAUGAUAUGCCAAGAAAAAAUGACACAGAAACCUUGAAAAAUGAUCAUGAUAAAACCUCUGUGUCUGAUGAUGAUUGUUCUGGAAACAUCUUUUUAAUCUUGACAUUCAUAUUUGGUGGAUUUAUUAUUUUUACUUUCAAUAUUCUGCUCAUUUUGGCCAUUAUCAGAAGACAGAAAGAAAGAAAAGCGGCUGAACGCCAAGAACAACAGCAAGAUCACAAGGAGUCUGAAUCAGUGGAAUAUUCUGCUGUGCUCUUCUCAAAAAGGAAACCUAACAGAAGAGAAAGACAAACUGAUACAAUAGAUAUAUAUCAGAUGUAUUGAGGUCACAUGAUACAUAACUCACUUAAUAUAACAUAAAAUAUUUAUUUUUUAUAAUUAACACUUUACUGUUACUAUCGCACUCUAAAAAGUGCUGGGUUGUUUUAAUUCAGGUUGGGUCAGUAUUGGACAGAACACUGCUGGUUUAUUGUUAUUUACCCAUGAGUUGAAACAACCCAGCAUUUUUUUUGUGCUAUAUAUUUAUUAUUUUGAUACAUGCUUUUUGCUAAUCCUGAUAACAACAAAAGUAUGCUGAUAUUGCUGAAGUUAUAGUAAAUAUGUAUAAUAAGUGAGCUUUAUAGAGAAUAUGGUUAAAUUACACAGAUUAGAAUUGGUUGGGGUUUGUCGUUUUUAGAACCUACGCUGGAUUGAAAAUAACUCAGCAUUUUCACACAAAUCUCUUAGACACUUUAUAGCUAGGACUUUCUGCUGUUAUAUUUUUUGAUUGACAGGUUUGUCAUUUUCUGUUUAUAGAAUAAACCACACCCCUUUAAAUAAA